AUGGCUACAAAGGAUCUGCCAACCCACCUGUCGUCGAACGCAGGCUUUGGCAAGCACCAUGGAAAGACCCAGUCUCACAUGGCAUUUGAAAAUGCCUCCACCAGUGUUGCUGCCUCUCAGAUGCGUAACUCCCUGAACGCCCUUGCCGAGACUGUCCCUGAUGAGAACGAGCGCAAGCGAUUCGAGGCCGAGACCGACAACUUCUUCGCUCUCUUCCGCAGAUUCCUCAACGACAAGGCCAAGGGAAACGCUGUUAACUGGGACCGCAUUGCCCCUCCUCAGCCUUCGCAGGUCGUUAACUACGAUGACAUUGGCAAGGAUUCUUCCGUCGAAUUCCUCAACAAGCUUGCUGUUGUCAAGCUCAACGGUGGUCUGGGUACUUCCAUGGGCUGCGUCGGCCCCAAGUCCGUGAUCGAGGUCCGCGAGGGCAUGUCAUUCUUGGAUUUGUCCGUCCGUCAGAUCGAGCACCUGAACCGCACUCACAAUGUCAACGUGCCCUUCGUUCUCAUGAACUCUUUCAACACCGACCAGGACACUCAAUCCAUUAUCAAGAAGUACCAGGGCCACAACGUCGAUAUCAUCACCUUCAACCAGUCUCGCUACCCCAGAAUCAUCAAGGACUCUCUGCUACCCGCUCCCAAGUCCUUCGAUGCUCCUCUGCAAGACUGGUACCCUCCUGGCCACGGUGACGUUUUUGAGUCUCUGUACAACUCCGGUACCCUGGACAAGCUUUUGGAGCGUGGUGUCGAGUACAUUUUCCUGUCCAACGCUGACAACCUGGGUGCUGUCGUGGACACCCGCAUCCUGCAGCACAUGGUUGACACCAAGGCUGAAUAUAUCAUGGAGUUGACCGACAAAACCAAGGCUGAUGUCAAGGGUGGUACCAUCAUCGACUACGAGGGCAAGGUCCGUCUUCUGGAAAUCGCCCAGGUGCCCAAGGAGCACGUCAACGAAUUCAAGUCUAUCAAGAAGUUCAAGUACUUCAACACCAACAACAUCUGGAUGAACCUCCACGCUAUCAAGCGUGUCGUUGAGGAAAAUGAGCUCGAGAUGGAGAUCAUUGCGAACGAGAAGUCUAUCCCUGCCGAUAAGAAGGGCGAGGCCGAUCAGGCUAUCUACCAGCUCGAAACCGCUGUUGGUGCUGCUAUCCGCCAUUUCAAGAACGCUCACGGUGUCAAUGUUCCCCGCCGUCGCUUCCUUCCUGUCAAGACUUGCUCUGACUUGAUGGUGGUCAAGUCUGAUCUGUACCGCCUGGAGCACGGUCAACUAGUUAUGGACCCCAACCGAUUCGGCGGUGUCCCCGUCAUCAAGCUUGGAUCCGACUUCAAGAAGGUGUCUGACUUCCAGAAACACAUUCCUAGCAUUCCCCGCAUCGUCGAGCUGGACCACCUUACCAUCACUGGUGCAGUGAACCUGGGCCGCAACGUGACACUGAAGGGUACUGUCAUCAUCGUUGCAACUGAAAGCAGCACAAUCGACAUUCCCCCAGGCUCCGUAUUGGAGAACUGUGUUGUACAGGGCAGUCUGCGUAUUCUCGAGCACUAA